AUGAUUCUGGUCACUUACACACUGCUCCUUCUGCCAUCCUUCGAGGUGGCUGCGAGCAUUCCUUUCGUCUGUUUCAUCAACUUCGUGCCUGCCAUCCUGGACCUCUACACGGAGAGUUUCGUGGUGGUCCUCACAGCCAGCCUCGAGAAGCUCAGCAAGGAGGCGCUCGCCAGGGAAAAGUGGGCCCUUGGGGACAGGGUGUUCGGGCUGACCACGGGCCUGCGCGUGGUCCAGCUGAUGAUGAAAGGCCUGUCGCUGCUAUACCUGGCGUGCUCGCUGCAGCAGUGGCGGGGCGGCUGCCUCGCCCUCCUCUUCGCCACGGCGCUGCCCCUGGCGGAGACCUCAGGGCUGCUCUACCGGGUCUGCCAUGUUGGACACCACCUCACCCUGGCGGGUGAGAAGCUGUUGGCGGCGGUCACAGCGGCAGCCUACCAGGUCCCGGGAGGCUCCAGGGAACAGAUGGCGCUGAGCAACCUCGCCGUCAGGAUAGAGCAGCACCCUCCCCGCCUCCUGGUGUGGGGCCUCGACAGUCUGUCCCUGGAGACAUUCAUCCAGCUAGAUAGAGUCGUGGCAGCGUGUCUCAUCCUUGUCGUGCAGCUGGGCCAGGACGACCAUUUCACCCACUCCUACACCGACGGCCCGCUGACACGUUACGACCACUGCUUUGUCCCCAACAUCACUACCCCAAACACCAUCAACACCACUACUUCAACCUUUACCUUCUGAAUCACAUCAGAACUUGCUACGACCUCUACUUUCCCUUCAACAUCGCUUCCCCGCCGUCAUCAACGCCACUGCUGCAACCUGUACCUCCUGGCUCGUCCGAGAG